AUGACUACCGAACAAGAAUUUGAGAAAGUAGAGCUAACUGCUGACGGUGGAGUUAUCAAAACGAUUUUAAGAAAAGGUGAUGAAGGAGAAGAAAAUAUUCCAAAGAAAGGUAAUGAGGUGACAGUUCAUUAUAUUGGUAAAUUAGAGAGUACAGGAAAAGUAUUUGAUUCUUCUAUUGAUAGAAAUGUACCUUUCAAAUUUCAUCUUGAACAAGGUGAAGUUAUUAAAGGUUGGGAUAUAUGUGUAAGUUCUAUGAGAAAAAAUGAGAAAUGUUUAGUACGUAUAGAAAGUAUGUAUGGUUAUGGUGAAGAAGGAUGUGGUGAAAGUAUUCCAGGAAAUAGUGUUUUAUUAUUUGAAAUUGAAUUAUUAAAUUUUAAAGAAGCUAAGAAAAGUAUUUAUGAUUAUACAGAUGAAGAAAAAAUACAAGCCGCUUUUGAUAUUAAAGAAGAAGGAAAUGAAUUUUUUAAAAAAAAUGAAAUUAAUGAAGCCAUUGCUAAAUAUAAAGAAGCUCUGGACUUUUUUAUACAUACUGAAGAAUGGGAUGAUCAAAUUUUAUUAGAUAAAAAAAAAAAUAUUGAAAUAAGUUGUAAUCUAAAUCUAGCAACUUGUUAUAAUAAAAAUAAAGACUAUCCAAAAGCUAUUGAUCAUGCAUCCAAAGUUUUAAAAAUUGAUAAAAAUAAUGUAAAAGCUUUAUACAAAUUAGGUGUUGCUAAUAUGCAUUUUGGAUUCCUUGAACAAGCUAAAGAUAAUCUUUACAAAGCUGCAUCAUUAAAUCCAAAUAAUCUAGAUAUAAGAAAUAGUUAUGAAUUAUGUGUUAAUAAAUUAAAAGAAGCUAGAAAAAAAGAUAAACUCACUUUUGGAGGAAUGUUCGAUAAAGCACCUUUAUACGAAGAAAAAAAAAAUAGUGCAAAUUAA